AUGGCUUUUCGGCGGAACACGAGAGCUCACAACUAUGAGGAUCCGAAUCCUAGGGGUGAGGGAGCAGCGGAUCCAAAUGUUCCCCCGGUAGUUCCUGGAGGGGUAGCACCCCCGGGCCCUCAGGCAGCUCCUCAGGGAGUUCCCGAGGUGAAUCCCCAGGUGGCGUUGCUAGCUGAGGCAUUGCAAGUACUGCUGGAUAAUGCGAAUGGAGCCGGUGGAGCUCAAGUACAGCAGCCUCGCCGGGCACAAAUUCCGGAAGAGGAGGUUCAGUUUAUUAGGGAUUUCAAACGCUUUGGGCCACCCGUUUUCAACGGGGUAAGUGAAAGGCCUACUGCGGCCGAGGAAUGGGUCAGGGAGUUGGAAGCCCUUUAUGUGUAUUUGGGAUGCUCCAACGAUUUCAAGGUCCGGGGAGCAGUGUUUAUGCUUCGGGGAGAAGCAGUAAAUUGGAAUGAAAAACGGUUAGAGUUUCUCCGUCUCACUCAGGGUAGGCUAACUGUGGCCCAAUACGAGAUGAAGUUCACUGAGCCGUCCCGUUUUGGAAUGCAAUAUAUUCCUACUGAGCAAUUAAAGAUUGACAAGUUCAUUGACGGUUUGCGUAGGGAGAUCAAGGGGCUACUUGUUCUCAAGGAACCAACUACAUAUGCAGCGGCAGUCAGAUGUGCGUUGGUUAUGGACAAAUGUCUCGAGCAGCCUCAAUCUCAGCAGGUGAUAGGUUCCAGCUCGGGGGUCAAGAGGAAAUUUGCAUCGUUCUCCUCCAGUCAACGCUCAAGAGGACACCAGCAUCAUGUGCAAAGGCAGACUGCUCCUCCGGUGUGCCCCUCUUGUAAGAAGAGCCAUGUUGGGCCAUGUUGGUUGGGAAAAAGAAUAUGUUUCAAGUGCCAGAAGGAAGGACAUUUCGCAAGGGAGUGUCCGAUGACCGGCUCGAAUACCCAAGCAUUAGGCCAGAAGACCCCUGCGACGGCGGCAGCUCAAGGUGGAACCCAUAGGGCGCGCGUCUUCGCUCUCACCAGGGGGGAUGUUGAGCAUGCCGAGGCGGUGGUCAUAGGGACUGUUUUAGUGCUUAGUAUGCCUGCUUACGCAUUAUUUGACUCUGGAUCUAGUCAUUCUUUCAUUGCUUCUACCUUUGUUCGAGUCUUGCAAUAUAUAAUAUCCAUCCAAACCAUUAAAUUGUAUAAUACAGGUUGUAUUGCAAUGCCAGUUUGUGGCGUUAUUGCUAUAAAAUCAUAA